AUGCACCAUCCUAAUACACCGCCACCCCAACCUCAAGGUGUAACACCAUCGUGCCGAAAGGGUGCAUGGCCCAGGGGUAACAUAGUGGGUUACAAGCAAUGCCUAAGGGAGAUGACGGAACACGGCCUUAGCGGGACAAAAGAGCACUUCCCCACUGGACCGAUCAGCACGGCAAAACUCGUGAGAAGAACGAUGGGACGAAAAAAUAAAAACAACAAAGGCGGAAGAGCGCAUAGGGAGCGAAAGAGAAAUCUAAAGAGGGGAGAAAAAGAAAGGGAUGAAACUCGAGGGGAGAAAAGCUGGAGGAGAGAAGUGGAAGAAAAAGAAAGAAAGACAGAGAAGAGGGAAAACAGGGAAGGAAUAGAGAAACAGCAAACCAAGAGAGGAAGAAAGAAAGAGAACAGGAAGAGGAAAGAGGGAGAAGAGAACAGACAAAGGGACGGAAAAAAUAAGACGAAGGAUAUUCUAAGGAAAGAAAAUAUGAAAGAAGAAGAAAGGAAAGCGGGCAGCUCGGACAGCGGAAGCAGCUCCGACGAUGAAUGGCAAAAGCAUAGAUCAAGAAAAACAAGACAAGAGAACAGAAACGAGCAGCUCGGAGGAAGGGGAACACAUACCCAACUUCAAUACCAGAUCAAAGUUGAAACGCCUCCAGGAUAG